CAUCUCUUUUUGCUCAGAUUUGUCCUCUUGAAGAAGCAGCAGCAGCAACACUCAAAGAGGCUCUCUCAUCUCUUCUCUUCUCUUCUAAUUCCCUUGUGCAAUUCUUGAAGAUUUACUUCUCUUAUGGCUACUUUCUCUUGAACCCUCCACUUUUCUUGCUUUAUACUUAAUUAUCAUUUGUAUUAAUUUAUGGUUUAUUUUCUCUUUAAUUUGUAUGAUCUCAAAUUUUUCUGUUGAUUUAGAUUGAUAUGAGUAACACAAUGAGGCCAAGGACAAAGGGCAUGUUUCACUUGGUUUAUGAUAGAGGAUAAUUGUCCUUGUUAAUUAUUAUUAAAUAUUUUUCUUUCUUAGAGGAAGGUGUUGUCUAUGGUUUUUGAUCUCAACAUCUAUUUCUUGCAUAUAGAUAUUUAGUGAAUGGAAGUGAUUAAGGGAAAAGGAAGGAACAGAAAUUUGAUCAUCCAAACAUGGGAGAGAUGCAAAUCCUUAGGCCGUAACAGCAAGAAAACAUCAAAACUCCUCCGUUCUUUAACAUCUAAGAGCAAAUCAUGGCCACGGCUCCAUCACCAUCCUUCAAUAGAAGACGACGAUCAUGGUGAGAAAAUCUCAAAAAAAAAGAAGCAGGUAGCUCCUGAAGGAUGCUUCUCUGUAUACGUUGGGCCUCAAAAACAAAGAUUUGUGAUCAAAACUGAGUAUGCAAAUCACCCACUUUUCAAGAUUUUACUUGAAGAAGCAGAAUCAGAAUAUGGUUACAAUCCAGAAGGCCCUCUUGCUCUGCCAUGCAACGUUGAUCUCUUUUACAAGGUGCUUGUGGCUAUGGAUGAUAACAACGAUGAAACAAAUCGUUGGGGAUGUGGCUUCUCCAUGAAUCAUGCCUCCUCUUAUCGGCUUCUCAGCCCUUCUCGGACGAUCACCAUGAAUCAAUUCUAAAAGCUCACCAUAUUAUAUAUUGUCCAUAGUUAAUCAAUUAAACCUUUACUUGUCCUUAAUUAUGAAGAAAAAUGGAUUUUAAUUUGUAUUUUAUUAAACUUGUUUGAUCAUGUAUGGUGAAAUCAUGUAUAGUAGAAGGAUAAGCAAAAGCAAUAAAAUCCAAGUCAUGUAAGAUCUCUACUAUUCUAUGAACUUUGUUUUGUGUA